AUGAGCGGCCUUAGUCAUCUGCUACGCGUUGAUGACACGAGCUCGAGGCUCGUGUAUAACGGCUCUUGGGCCCCGGGCAGCGUGAGCGAUGGUGUCACCAUCCACACCUCCACUUCCGCGGGCUCGACAGUCAAGUUUGCGUUCAAUGGAACAUUUGUGGCCGUAUAUGGGGUUAUCGAUGGCGACUCGGUGACUGCGUCCUUUGCGCUGGACAACCUACCUCCAGUCAGUGCUAGUGUCCCGCAACCACCUGAGAGCACCACAGAGAACUGGCCUUUCUUUUCCACGAACCCCCCACUAGACCCCGGUCUUCAUGAGCUAACUGUCAUCAUCAACGACGGCACGUUCAACCUGGAUUACGUCCAGUACGUGACGCUUCCUGGCCACUCCGACUCUCCUGGGGAUUCAUCUCAGGUCCAGGCGACCUCUUCAUCUUCCACCUCGUCAUCAUCAACGAGCUCCUUAAUACCCGCUCAUAGCCAAUUGCCACUUGGAGCAAUAGUUGGUAUCGUUGCGGGGGCGGUCUUGUUAUUGGUCAUCGUAGCAGUCGCGGUCUUUGUGCGCCGGCGAUCCGCGCGGAGAGUGCGGCAUGUGAAGCUCGACUCGGAGAAACCAAUUGACAUCAUCUAUGAUACCGCCCGCCGCCCUCUUCGACGAUUCUCGUUGAGUCGAGUAUACCGUCCCACGCCCCCGCGUUCAACGCAGAGCUCCAAAACCGCAACAUCCUCGGCCCCCACAUCUAUUACGCAAUCAUCCGCCAUGUUCACGUCCGUCAUCAUGCUUUCGCCCGUGCUCUCUAUGGUCUCCGAAGAAUCUGGACACCCUGAACACGACGCGUCAAGUUACGUGUGA